AUGGCCACCACCCCUGCUCCCGCCACCCACGCCCAGUCGGCUUCGACUCCGGCCUAUGCCGACGCCGCUGCCGCUCCCACGCCUGCCCCUUCUUCCCCUCCUCCUACUGCUACGCUCGCACCGGCAGGGCACUCAGCCUGCUGCUUCCACGGCCAUCCUGGUCGCCUCGGUAUGGGCGACAUGGGGCGAGGCCGUCAUCAUGCCCACGAGCAUGGCCGCCACCCCGCUCACGACCGCCAUCGUCAUGACUUCUCCGGACCCCCUCGCUCCGACCACCAUGGUCACCACCACGGCCCGCCUCCUGGUCUUCGAUCUUGCUUCGGCCCCUUUGAUGGUGGCGAUGACAUGUCACCUCGCUUCGCCAUGAACGGUCACUGUGGAGGACCCCGUGGCGGUAUGGGCGGCGGCCGCGGCCGCGGUGGCCUUUCGCGCGGAGGCGGACGUGGACGUUUUAGGGACACUGGCCGAGGCGACGGAGAAAGGCACUUUUGCCGUUGCGAGAACGCCGGGCCUCCAGGUCUCAUGGGCGAGAUGGGCCCAGUGAGGCCAUCCCCCACGCGUGAUGUUCCUCUGAACUGCGACGAGGCAUGCUCUUCCUCCUCAUCCGAGUCCGACACUGCUCGCGACCAGGAGGAUCCCGCUGAGCAGGGCGAGAACGACGCCGGGCACCAUCAACACUGCCGCCGACGCGACGAUCCCUCUCGCGGGGAGGAGGCCGAAGGUAGGAUCCCUCUGAACCAUCACCGAGGCCAUCAACAUGGCCAUCACCACCACGGCGACGAUCGCCGCGGCCGCGAUCACCCCGGAUACGAGCACGACCCGCGAUGCGGAGGGUUUGGCCGAGGCCGCCCUUUCGACGAUGACGAGUUUCCCGGCUUCCCCCGUGAGCGAAGCCAUCACGGCGCCCGAGGUGGCUUCUUUGACGACCGACGCGGACACGACUUCCUCGGCGGUCGAGGUGGAUUUUUCGACGACCGACGUGGACAAGGAGGCCCCCAUGGUGGCGAUUUCUUCGGCGGCCGGGGCGGCUUCUUCGAUGACCGACGUGGACGAGGUGGUCAUCGCGGCCGCGACUCAUUCGGACGCCCCUGCGAGCCUAGGGGCUUGCGCCACGACAGUGUCUUUGGUCGUCACUGCGAUCCCUCGUCGCCGCGCCCGUUCCCCUUUGCCGUUUCGUUUGAUCGAGGCAUUGGCUGCGGCGACUUUGACCGACGCCGCUGA